AUGAAGUUUUCUGCUGGCGCCGUCUUGUCAUGGUCCUCCUUGCUGCUCGCCUCCUCUGUGUUUGCCCAACAAGAGGCUGUGGCCCCUGAAGACUCCGCAGUUGUCAAGUUGGCUACUGACUCAUUCAACGACUACAUCCAGUCACACGACCUGGUUCUGGCAGAGUUCUUUGCCCCAUGGUGUGGCCACUGUAAAAACAUGGCCCCUGAAUACGUCAAAGCCGCCGAGGCUCUUGUUGAGAAAAACAUUACUUUGGCUCAGAUCGACUGUACUGAAAACCAGGAUCUGUGCCAGGAACACAACGUCCCGGGCUUCCCCAGCUUGAAGAUCUUCAAGAACAAUGACGCCAACAGCUCAAUUGAUUACGAAGGACCCAGAACUGCUGAGGCCAUCAUCCAGUUCAUGAUCAAGCAAAACCAGCCCGCAGUCGCCGUUGUCGCCGAUCUUCCUGCGUUCCUUGCUAACGAAACCUUCCUAACCCCGGUCAUCGUCCAAUCCGGUAAGAUUGGCGCCGACUUCAACGCCACUUUCUACUCCAUCGCCAACAAGCACUCCAACGAGUAUGACUUCGUCUCCACGGAAAACGCAGACGACGAUUUCAAACUUGCCAUCUACUUACCCUCCGCCAUGGACGUACCUGUAGUUUACAACGGUACGCAAGCGGACAUCGCUGAGGCAGACGUUUUCGAAAAGUGGUUGCAAGUGGAAGCCUUGCCCUACUUUGGCGAAAUCGAUGGUUCCGUGUUCGGCCAAUACGUCGAAAGCGGUUUGCCCCUGGGUUACUUGUUUUACAACGACGACGAAGAAUUGGAGCAAUACAGACCCAUCUUCACUGAAUUGGCCAAGAAGAACAGAGGCCUUUUGAACUUCGUCAGCAUCAGUGCCAGCAAGUUCGGCAGACACGCCGGCAACUUGAACAUGAAGGAACAGUUCCCUCUAUUCGCCAUCCACGACAUGACCGAAGACUUGAAGUACGGUCUACCUCAACUCUCCGAAGAGGCAUUCGACGAAUUGACCGACAAGAUUGUAUUGGAAUCCAAAGCCAUUGAAUCCCUGGUCAAGGAAUUCUUGGAAGGAGACGCCACCCCCAUCGUGAAGUCACAAGAAGUCUUCGAAAACCAAGACUCCUCCGUCUUCCAAUUGGUCGGCAAGAACCACGACGAAAUCGUCAACGACCCAAAGAAGGACGUCCUUGUUCUGUACUACGCCCCAUGGUGUGGUCACUGUAAGAGAUUGGCCCCUAUUUACCAAGAAUUAGCCGACACCUAUGCCAACGCCACUUCCGAUGUCUUGAUCACCAAGCUGGACCACACCGAAAACGACGUCAAGGGCGUCGUGAUCGAGGGCUACCCAACCAUCGUCUUGUACCCAGCUGGUAAGAAGUCCGAAUCUGUCGUAUACAAAGACUCAAGAUCCUUGGACUCCCUAUUCGACUUCAUCAAGGAAAACGGUCACUUUGCAAUUGACGGUAAGGCCUUGUACGAAGAAGCCCAAGAAAAGGCUGCCGAGGAGACCGAUGCCGCUGAAUUGGAAGACGAAGAAGACGCCAUUCACGACGAAUUGUGA